UCCCCAGCCACCCUCAUGGUCGGGGCUGAGUGCACACCAGGGGAGAACAAGACUUACUUCCCAUUCUUCUCAGACUUCAGGGGUGGCAACGUGACGGCCCUGCGUGUCGGCGAGUCGGUUGCGCUGGGCUCCGUCUUCCUGCUGGCCUUAGUGGGCAACAUCUGGGGCAUCUGCCUGCUGGUGUGGCGGCAGCAACGGCUGUGUGCUGCCAAUUACCUCGUCCUCAACCUCUUCUGUGCCGACCUGCUCUUCAUCUCCGCCAUCCCGUUCAUUGGCAUCGUGCGCUGGACCGAGACCUGGGUGCUGGGCGAUGUCAUCUGCCACAUGCUCUUCUAUGCGAUGACCCUCAGUGGCACUGUUGUCAUUGUCUCUCUCUCAGCCGUCAGCCUGGAGAGGGUCAUCAGCAUUGCUCGGCUGCACCACACUGCCUUCCGCCGCCGCAAGCUGCUGGCUGCUACCCUCUUCAUCUGGGGCUUUGCCGCUAUUGUCACACUGCCGCUCUGCUGCUUCUUCACUGUGGUGCAGCUGCCCAGUGUCACUGGUGAGGAGAUUCAUAUUUGUACCUUGGAUUGGCCCAGCCAUGCAGGAGAAAUAGUCUGGGAUGUGACCUAUGCUGUUGUUGUUUUUUUAAUACCAGGAUUAAUCAUUAUCAUCAGUUAUUCCAAAAUCUUACAGAUUACAAAAGCAUCAAGAAGAAGUUUAAAUGCUGGAUUGGCCUACUCAGAAAACCAUCAGAUUCGUGUUUCCCAGCAAGACUACAAACUAUUUCGAGCCCUCAUUGUUUUGAUGAUCUCCUUCUUCAUCAUGUGGAGCCCAAUUAUCGUAAUUAUUUUUUUUAUUUUAGUCCAGAACUGCAAACAAGAUUUAAAUAUUUUGCCAUCAGUUUUCUUCUGGAUAGUCCUAUUCACAUUUGCCAACUCUGCUGUCAACCCAGUUUUAUAUAAUGUUGCCCAUUUCAGACAUAAAUGUCAGGAAAUUCUCCUCUGUUGUACAGGGAACCCUGUAAGUACUAGGGCUGGUUCGGAAACCUCUGCAAGAAGUAAACGUGAAAAAUCUCAUUUAUCUGUCAUUACCAGAUAAUUAUUUGAAGUCUGAACAGUGACUCGUUUUGGAUAUCAGUGUCUAUACUAUCCCAGUUUGACUAGGUUAGCAUGCUAUAGCGUUAUAUGCCAGAGGAGGCCAAAAGAAAAAAAAAAAAAAAAGCAUUCCAGAAAGUCAAAUCAUCUUGACCUCACUGCUUUGCCUCAGUAAGAUCUGCACAAUUUAAUCCAAUGGAUUGAACUCUUUGCUUGUACUGGAAGAAAAUGAAAUAUGGCAGCAAACUUGG